AUGAAUGAUAAUAUUAAUAGUAAUAGUAAUAAUUAUAAUAAGAUUAAUAAUCAUAAUAAUAGCUAUGCUGUUAUUGAAGGAAUCGAUGAAACUACUACAAUGACAUAUUUCAUACCACAAACAGCGAUUAGGAUUUUUAUUUCGCCGCAAAGAGACGAUUGUUUAACAUUCACUCCAUUACCAUUGAAAGAGCAUCAGGAAGAUUCCGGAAUUGAGAAUAAUUGUCGAAGUAGCUCAAUUGACGAUCAUUCUUCACCAGCUGCAUCUGUUGAUUUUUAUCCGUCAAUUGAAUUAAAUCAAUUGGAUACGACGCAUUCAUUUGCUUCAUCAUUAUCACCAUCAUCACCGAAAAAUCCAUCAUCAUCAAUUCUCUCUUUCCCUGAAAAAAGCUUUACUGAUCCGGUACUUGACUAUAGUACAAUUACUACAGAAGAUAGUUAUUUAACACCUUCCACUAGCAAAUUACUUCGUACAGAUACAAUCACAAAAGCUGAUUUAUCUGAACAGAAUCAAUCACGUGUAACAACACAAGCUGAUAAUUCAAACGAAUAUCUUCUUGGUGAACUUUCCGAUUCAGAUAGUGAUUUCCCAGCACCACCGGAUUAUCUUCUACCACCUACGGUAACAGGAAAACAACCAGUAAUAUCAGCAAAUAAUUUAUAUAAUCGAAGUGACUAUAUCAAUAUGAAAAACAAUUCUUCAAGCAAUUCUUUAUCAACAACAAAACGUGAACCAUUAUCAACUUUGACGGGGAAACGUAAUACAUCGGCAACUGCAGCAGAGGGUGUUUCAAUUGGUGUCAAAUUAUGUCGUGAACAAUCAGCUAAUAUCACAGCUGUGAAAUUUCCAGCACCUCGACAAACUAAUUUUUCAUCUCAUAAUUAUAAUAAGACAAUAAAUGAAACAAAUAGUGAUAAUGCUCAAAAUGAUAUCGAUAAUACUAAUAAAUCAAAACAAGCUACAUCACCAUCACCAUUUUUACCGUAUACUUCAGCAACGCUAUCAUCAAUUCAAGCCAGAGGGCAUCUUGUAGGAACCAUAGAUGGAAUCUAUCCACGUACAUCACCAAAAUUUUCACGAACUAAUCGUUUAACAAAUGAAAUUCAUGAGGUAGUUGUUCCAAAAUCACAUCUGAAAACGGUUGAUAUUCAAUUUGAUGAUAAACCAAGUGCCGCUUAUCAACCGAGCAGCAUCGAUAGAGAUAAUAUGAAAAUGAGUGUGCGAAAUGGUAUUGGCGAAAUAAUUAAUGUGAAGAUUAAUUUGAGUAAGGAGGAUGGAAAUGAUACAAGGAAACAUUUCGGUUUUACAGUUGCUGGUGGUAAAGAUAAAAAUGCGCCAGUAAAAAUUGAUGCUGUGAUUGUAGGAACACCUGCUGAUCAAGCUGGAUUACAGGUUGGUGAUUUGCUAUUAAGUAUAAAUGGUGAAUCACUAAUGGAUAGAUAUUAUCAAUGUGUGGUAAGAAUGUUGCAUGAAGCAGAACGUGUUGGUGAUAUUGAAUUAAGAAUUCGACGAUCUGAUAAUGCCGUUAUUGGUCCACGAAUAUCAGCAGAGAAUCUUUCGCCAGCUAUCGAUCAACGAUCAACAAUUUCAUUUGAUCAAAAACGAGCAUUAUUUGAUGAUAAAUGUAUCGCUAAGGAUAGUAGUAGUUGUAAAGGAAUUCGAAAACAAAAACAUUCUUCUCCGGCACGUAAAUGGUCAACUGGAAAUGUCACUAAACAUCCAGAAAAUGCUCCUUCUGUUACGAUUGCUGCUGUUGCACAUAAUGUGAAGGAUGGACACGUUACGCGUAGCAAUUCAGUUUUAUCAUCAGUUUCAAAUCUGGACGAUGAUGAUCCACGAAUGGCAUAUGUAAAUGGAAAGUAUGCUAUGCGGCAUUCACGCGAACGUUUUUCCAGUCGUACAUCAUUGGCUAGUAGUACAUCAUGUUCUAUUACCGGUGGCGGAGGUGAUCCAGACUAUCGUGUCACAUCAUUGCACGAUAAGCCAAAACCUGGUAAAUUGGCCGAUUUCGUACCGGAAGUGGAACGAAAAACAGAUGCUGGUUAUGAUCAGGAUGAUGGUGCUUCUGCUUACAGUUCAAGCUUCUCAAGACGAGAAAGCGAUAUUGACGGUUUUACGAAUUUGUUUACCAGUGAGGAAGAUAGUGAAGUACCACUUGUAUUGCGUAAUUAUGACAUUACUCCAGUUCGAAGUGUUACAACAUCACCAAUACAACAUAAGAUAAGUUAUUGGAUGAAGAAAGAUGAAGCAAAGACGAUGUCAUUGCCCAGAAAUAUGGGUGGUGAAUAUCGACGAAAUGGUUACGUGGUACCAUGCAACCUUCCAGCCAUUCAGAGGGAUGUAAUAAUGGUCGAAGAAAAUAAUAUCAAUGAUAGUACAGAUCAAACAAAGAUAACGGAUUCCCGAGAUUGGCGUCAAAUUGUUAAGCAACAACGUUUACCAAGUUCUGGUGAUCCGGAUAGUCGUAAUCGAAUUGAUGCAAAUUCGAACUCACGUUAUGGAUGCAGAAAGAUAACAAGGCAUUUGCCACAAUCAGAAAUGAUACAAAUGAAAAAAUUCGAUUCGGGUAUCGAAAAUCUUUCAUCCGCUGAUCAAUCCAGAAAAUCAUUCGAGAACAAUCGAUUUAUUGCAUCAGAUUCAAACAGAGCUUAUGCGUCGGAUGAAUCAAACAAUCGUAAAGCAAUCAGUAAACCUUCAUCAAAUACAGAUGAACCACUGUUAUCAGUGAGUGGUAAACAUCAAUGUUCACACUGCAGUAUGGAACUUGGACGUGGUGCUGCAAUGAUUAUUGAAUCAUUGAAUUUGUUUUAUCAUUUGAGUUGCUUCCGAUGUUACAUUUGCAAGAUGACAUUGGGAAAUGGAACUUGUGGUACCGAUGUUCGGGUCCGUGAUUCUAAGCUUCAUUGUCAAAAUUGCUACAGCAAUGAAGAAUCUGAUUUUAAGUUUAGUAAAGUUUAG